AUGGAAAAAGCUCGCAAUCCGGAUUGCCCUCAAGAAAACGAUUGCAGCAAUUACUGUCGUAUCUCAUCGUUAACUUCUCAAGAGCAGAAUACAUGGGAAGGAGUUCCUGUUGUGUAUACAGAUGGUGCUUGUUUCUCCAAUGGUCGUAUUGGAGCUGCUGCUGGAAUUGGAAUUUAUUGGGGCGAACAGCAUGUCGAUAACGUUUCCGAACCACUCCUUAAUGGACUACCUACGAAUAAUAGGGCCGAACUUACAGCAGUCAUAAGGGCUAUACAAACGGCAAUCCAACGACGGUAUCAGCAUCUUAUUGUUCGUACAGAUUCCAAACUUCUGAUUCAAACGAUGAAUUCAUGGAUUCACCGCUGGCAAAAGAAUGAUUGGAAAACAUUGAAUGGUACAGCUGUUAAGAAUCAAGACCUCAUUACUCAGUUGAGUGAUUUGCUCGAAAACAUAAAUGUUGGUAGAUAUUUUGUGAAUACCACAAUAACAUUAGCAUUGAAGAGUCAAUGGUACGUUUCGAACAUGUUGCUGGACAUUCAGGAAUAUUUGGAAACGAAAAAGCAGACGAAUUCGCCCGAGCAGGAGCAGCUCGCUGCCGUUAAACAAAUCCCAGUGAUGUGA